AUGGCUUCAAAUCAGCUCUCCAACUGCUGCAUAACUGGCUCGCUCCACGAAGGAGACGCUAAAGGUUCACUUCAAGACAUCCAAAACAUCUCGACCUACAUCGCCUAUCCACCAGAUAAAUCCACCAAAAACGCCAUCCUCAUAAUCACCGAUGUGAUCGGCCACAAACUCAUCAACGCCCAGCUAAUCGCCGACCAAUUCGCCGCCAAAGGAUAUUUUGUCGUCAUGCCUGACAUGUUCAACGGUGACUCGGUACCCCUCAAUCGGCCGGAGGGGUUCAACAUCAUGGAUUGGGUGAGGAAUCACUCGCCUUUACAGACGGAGCCUAUCAUCAACACAGUGCUUGAGGAGAUGCGUGGGAAAUUAGGAUGUCAGCGGAUUGGAGGUGUGGGAUACUGUUUUGGUGGGAAGUAUGUUUGUCGGUAUCUUAGGGCCGGGCUAUUGGAUGUUGGCUAUAUUGCGCAUCCGACUAUGUUAGAGGGAGAUGAGUUGAGGGGUGUUGAGGGACCGUUGAGUAUUACAGCCGCUGUUCGGGAUUUUGUCUUUGUUACGGCUAAGCGUCAUGAGAGUGAGGAGAUCUUGGACAAAUUGGAAGUGGUUCAUCAGGUUUAUUUGUUUUCGGAGGUGGAACAUGGUUUUGCUGUUCGCUGUGAUUUGUCUAAGCCUCGUCAGAGAUUCGCGAAGGAGCAAGCUUUUUGUCAAGCCGUUGCUUGGUUUGACCAUUAUCUCAAGGAGUGA